AUGGCUGCGCUGCGGAGGCUUCUGUGGCCGCCGCCCCGGCUCCUACCUCCGCUCUCGCCUCACCAGCCCCUUCCUGGGCCUUGGGGGCUGCCUGCGGGGAUAGCACCGAGCCCCACAGGCCGGCCCUUCUCCUGCCGGAAGGAGGACGAGGGGGCCGUGGCUGAGGCGGCGUGGAGGCGGCGGCGGCGGCGCUGGGGCGAGCUGAGCAUCGCGGCGGCGGCCGGCGGGGGGCUGGUGGGCCUCGUGUGCUACCAGCUGUACGGGGACCCCCGGGCCGAGCCGGCGCCGGGACGCCCCUCUGAGAGCCCGGCGGGAGCGCCCGACGACCCGACCCGCGCCCGGGGGCUGCUCCCCAUGCCGGUCGCGGCUGCCAAGGAGACGGUUGCUACGGGCAGAACAGACACGGAAGACUUAGACCUCUACACAACCUCACGGGAGCGGCGAUUUCGUUUAUUUGCUUCUAUAGAAUGUGACGGGCAGUUGUUCAUGACUCCGUAUGAUUUUAUUUUGGCUGUUACAACAGAUGAGCCCAAAUAUGCUAAAACAUGGAAAUCACUUUCCAAACAGGAAUUAAAUCAAAUGCUUUCAGAAACACCACCAGUUUGGAAAGGAUCGUCGAAGCUGUUUCGAAAUCUUAAAGAAAAAGGUGUGAUUUCAUACACAGAAUAUCUUUUUCUUUUAUGUAUUUUAACAAAGCCACAUGCAGGUUUUAGAAUAGCUUUCAACAUGUUUGACACAGAUGGCAAUGAAAUGGUGGAUAAAAAGGAAUUUUUGGUGCUUCAAGAGAUAUUCAGGAAAAAAAAUGAGAAGAGAGAAACUAAAGGAGAUGGAGAAAAACGUGCACUGCUGCGUCUUCAACUUUAUGGAUCCCAUUCUUCUGCUAAUAGUGUACUCAAAACAGACGGAGAGGAACUUGUCUCCAGAAGCUAUUGGGACACGCUGAGACGUAACACAAGCCAAGCGCUCUUUUCAGACCUUGCAGAGCGUGCUGAUGACAUCACAUGUUUAGUAGCAGAUACUACACUUCUUGUACACUUUUUUGGAAGGAAAGGAAAAGCUGAGCUGAACUUUGAAGAUUUUUAUAGAUUCAUGGAUAACCUCCAAACAGAAGUUCUAGAAAUAGAAUUCCUUUCCUACUCUAACGGGAUGAAUACUAUCAGUGAAGAAGAUUUUGCUCACAUUCUUUUGAGGUAUACUAAUGUGGAAAAUACAUCCAUAUUUUUGGAAAAUGUGCGUUACAGUAUACCUGAAGAAAAGGGCAUCACAUUUGAUGAAUUCAGAUCAUUUUUCCAGUUUUUGAAUAACCUAGAAGACUUUGCAAUAGCCUUGAAUAUGUAUAACUUUGCAAGUCGUUCUAUAGGGCAAGAUGAAUUUAAGCGUGCCGUCUAUGUAGCCACUGGCCUGAAACUUUCACCACAUUUAGUGAACACUGUCUUCAAGAUUUUCGACGUUGACAAAGAUGAUCAAUUAAGUUAUAAAGAGUUUAUUGGAAUUAUGAAAGACAGACUCCAUAGAGGAUUCCGGGGUUAUAAGACAGUUCAGAAGUAUCCUACUUUCAAAUCCUGUCUGAAGAAGGAACUUCAUAGCAGAUAAGUACUCCUAAGAGAAAGCUUGAAGCAUCGUUGUCUCCGUGGAGGAUGCAACAAGCAAAACUUUCAGAGACUGGUGGAAGCAGGUCUCAGAUCACAGCACGUAGAAAGGAAGCAAAAGGUGAAACGCUACGAAAAGUAUAUUUUUUUCUUGAACUGAGUCCUCAGAUGUAGCACAGAUGAGUUGUAUCUUCUAACUACAAAGGUUAUGUUAUCAAGUUGCGCUUUUGCCUUGAUUUAGUGAACUUUGCACUUCUUCAUUCCUUUCAGGAGUAUAUCCAUACUUCUAAUAACUAUAUAGGAAUAUAUUUUAAAUAUUUUUUCUUAUUUAUUAGAAAUUUGUGUCAUUUCAAAAUAAUAUAUUACUCACGGACUAUAGAUCACCUAAAAAUGAACAACACUUUUUUUUUUUUUUUUU